UUUUGUAUAGGUGACGAAUGUAUCAUUACUGACCUCACGUCGGACUGAACCAGUGCUACCUCAAUCCUUGAGAGAAAUAUGCAAUUCUUAAAACGGCAGGCGCUGAUGUGGCCAUCUGCUAACUUGUACUGAAGAACCUCCAGCUCUGUGCUGUCAUAUCCAACUCUAUCUACACUUUUGCACAGACCUCACAACUCAAUCAAGAUGCUUUGACAGUACCGCUGGAAGCUGAGAACGUGCCUUGCCAUAUUUAAAUUUGCUUUGUUUAUUGUACGGUUGACGUUGAGAGCCAUGCCUUAUCACGACGAGGAGUAUCCGGGCCAGCCUCUGUGGUGCUGUUUUGCUGCAAGGGUAUGAUCGAAGUCAUCAUUGUCAUCCUCUUCUUCUGGCUUCUCGUGCAGGUGCUCUUCACCAGACAACUCGAAGUUCAUCUUCAAAUUCUCCUUCUGGUUGGGUUGAUCACUUUCUGUCUGAGCUUGCUCCUGGGAUGUAUUCUGUGCUGGUGGCGAAGUCACAUUUGUUGCGAUGAAGACAAAGAAAGCGGGAUGUCAUCUGAGCCUGUGACCUUAGAGCGCUGCGUGCCCUCCUCGGCGAUCCCCUCGUCAUCUUCCAGGCUUCAAUACGACGAGCUGGACGGAGAUACGCUGGACUACACGACCACGUUCACCAGCCCCGCCCCUUUUGAUGAGGAAUUUACCUCCUGGUCUUGCUCUACUGAAGCCCGUUGUGCAUCUGAGAAGAAGGAGCAGACCAAGACUUUUUUCUCUCUGCGCCGCCUCAGCAGUCCACCUCUUUAUAAAUCCAUCGAUAACAACCAUACUUCUCUGCCUUCUCUCCCCAAACUGCUAUCCAAGUCUCUGCAAAGACGGUGCACUGUGACCGGCACCAGACACUCUCCGAGCACGUCCGACGAACCCAUCCCAUUGGUUUCAUUGGACUACGGCUCCAGACGCCAACCGUCAAUAUCGACGACACCUCACCUCAAUUUUACAAUAUUCUUCUCCCCAGACAGACGAACCUUGACAAUCACAGUCCUCAGCCUCACGGGGUCACCACACAGGUUGGAUGAUGUGUCAAUACGAGCCUGUCUUCCACCUCUCCAUCCCUCUUUUAUACAAGCAUCAAUCCAGAGCAACUUCAGUCAAGUCCUGGUUUUAAACGUAAACUCUGCAGAGGAGCUCCAAAGGUGUACUCUAAGACUAGCGGUGGACACGCAGGAUACACAAGGAUUGACGGGCAUCGCGCUGGGGGAGCUGCAGGCUGAAUGUGGAGGAGGAGACUGGAAUACAAGCCAUGAGAUUCACUUCACAAAAGAGCUCCAUUCAAACAAAAAGAAUGCGAUCUACCAAGAUGUACAGAUGUGUAAGGGGCUUAGCUGUCCUCCACAGAUCCUCAUUCUGCUACACUAUAACCUUCACACACAUCGGCUCAAGGUGGCCGUCCUGAGGGCCGACAACCUGGAGAAUCUCGUCCAUACGUCCGCCGCACUAGACUACCAGGUGGUGAUUAAGUUGCAUCAUGAGGGACUCACCAUAAGCAGCAGGGAAACAAAAGGAACCUCGUUUGCUGUGUGGAACUCCUACUUCCUGUUUGACCUUCCUCCAGGAGACAUCAGUCACUUACCACUCAUGUUGGAGUUUAUAAUCAUGCAGAGUCGUGCACGGUCACAAUGUAAAAUCCUCGGUCGAGUCCUCAUCGGUGCUGAGGCUGCAGAGGCGGGAUGUGCUCACUGGAGGGACACGUGCAGUCGACAAGAGGAGCAGUCAUUUUGGCACACGGUUCAACUAGAACCUUCAUAGAAAAAUAUGGGCAAGAUGUACUGUUUAUGAUCUCCAUCCCACAUGCCAAGUUGGAAUUUGCCAUGAAGUGCCGGCGACUUGGCCUUUGAGGUCUCAGCAUGUGUGUUGUUGUGCAUGUUUAAAUAAAACCAAUGCAAUAGUUUUAAAAAAUGACACCAAGAUAUACUAU